UGUUCGAGAUGACAAAUCAUUAUAAACUAUUAUUGUAUCUCACAAUAAUAUGCACAAAGUAGACGAAGAAAAUUAUGUUCCAUUACAAAAUGAAAGAGAACAGCUUUAAGAAUUCAGAUGGAGACGAUACAUUAGGAGUUUGUUUAAAGAAACCGUUUAACAAUGGUUAUACAACUGUGGCUUCUCGUCUACGGUCAUUUCAAUGUUGGAGUAGGCCAACUCCAAGACCUGUAGAUCUGUCAGAAGCUGGCUUCUACUACACGGGUACAGAAGAUGUGGUCCAAUGUUUUUAUUGCGGAUUAAAGCUUAAAAGUUGGGAUGUAUUCGAUGAUCCUUGGGUAGAACAUGCCAGACACGGGAAGAACUGUCCUCAUGUUUCCAAUGUUAAAGGAAAAGAUUUCUACACAAGGUUAAACGAGAUAGAGAACGAUGGCCUUAAUGAAAAACCAAAGAAAAGUAAUCUGUACACGGAUGAUUUGCUUCACACAACAGCAGCCCAGGCAUUAGUCAGCAUGGGGUAUUACAAGGAACAACAAAUAAAGGAUGCAAUCAGAACAUACGUUUCAAAUGAAGACACGCUUGAGUUCACAGCAAUGGACAUCGCAAAGAUUUUGAUGAAUUAUAAAACUGGCUGAAGGAAACCCAAAAUUCCUAGAACAAAAAAUAAAAGCUUUUCUUCAUUAACGAAACUAUGUACCAUCAAAAGAAGGAUAACAGUAUCGGACAUCACGCCAUAAAUUCACACACGGAGGCAAAUCAACGGACAUCAUCAACGACCAAGGAUAAAUGUAAAGGGAGUCAUCAAUUGCAUUGGAAGUAGUUAAAAUCAGACAUAAACAGAACUCAUUUAAUAAUGAAAUAACAAUGUGAAAAAUAAAACUCUACAUUUCUAAAGAUUUAUAUGCUUUAUAUAUUAGAGCCAACUUAUACAAUGUAUUACCUAAUGUCAUAUUUUGAUUAACUAAUGAUAAUCACAAUAAAAUGUAUCAGCGGAAAUGAA